CUGAGAUUUUGGCGCGAGUGAAAGUGCGGUGGUGUGGCCGAAGACCCCGCACUGCGGCUGCGCCGCCGCGGCCGUCAGUACGCGAAUAAUGCCAGCCACUCGCCUUCACCGACUUCGCCAGUGAUCCUCGAGAUGCCGUGCAAAUAAAUGGUUGCGCAUUUAGUUCUCCACCGUUUCCUACCCCGGACCCGCGACAAUGUGCCCAUGGACAACAGUGGCCCUUGUUUUUGUGUUUGUUUGUUCCGGUGCUGCGAGGGAGAUUAGCUCGCCGGAUAUCGCUGCGCUUGAUAACCAUGUGUCAUCAGGUAACAGAAGCCAGCGGUUUCUCUUCGACGCCAUCUUCGGACUGGAGGUGCCACUCCUGGAUGAGCAGAGCGUGGAGGAGGAAGACGAUGACUCCCAGGUCAAGAACUGCUCAUGUGAGUGCGGCAGAGCAAAUCCUCUUCCUAGGAAGAUAGAGUGCGGCGGAUCGAACCAGGAGAACCGCAUCGUGGGCGGCGUGCCGGCAGGGGCCAAUCGCUACCCGUGGAUGGCCAGGAUCGUCUACGAUGGACAGUUCCACUGUGGAGCGUCGCUGCUGACCAAGGAGUAUGUGCUCACGGCUGCGCAUUGCGUGAGGAAACUGAAACGUUCUAAGAUCCGUGUGAUCCUCGGCGACCACGACCAGACGGUCACCACGGAGAGCGCCGCCAUCAUGCGUGCCGUCACCUCUAUCGUACGCCACCGGAGCUUCGACGCUGACUCAUACAACAACGACAUAGCGCUGCUCAAGCUUCGCAAGCCGGUCACCUUCUCCAAGAUCAUCAAACCCAUCUGUCUGCCACCAGCUAGUAUAGAUCCCUCGGGCAAAGAAGGCAUCGUAGUUGGCUGGGGUCGCACGUCAGAGGGCGGGCAGCUCCCGGCCGUCGUGCAGGAGGUGCGCGUGCCCAUCCUGUCGCUCACGCAGUGUCGCGGGAUGAAGUACCGAGCUUCCCGGAUCACUAACAACAUGUUGUGUGCCGGUCGAGCGUCUACCGACUCAUGCCAGGGCGACAGUGGUGGGCCUCUGCUAUUACAAAAGGGAGACAAAUUCCAGAUUGUUGGUAUAGUGUCGUGGGGAGUUGGUUGCGGACGGCCGGGGUACCCAGGAGUCUACACGAGAGUCACUCGCUUCCUGCCCUGGCUUCGAGCCAACUUACGGGAUUCCUGUCUCUGCGGCAACUUUUAUUUUUCUUUCGAUUCUUUUGUUUCAAGUGCCAACAUGUGGAAGUAUAUUUUCCUUUUAUUGUGUGCUGCCGCUUUCACUUGUUCUGAGAAUGAAGUGUCGCGCGAUGCUCAAGGAGUGUUCACGAAGAACUUCUUUGGCGGAGUGUGGGGAAACCGUCCACCCCUCAUGGAGGUUAACCAGCCUAGAGCCCUCUGCACUUGCAAAUGUGGAGAACGGAAUGAGGCAGGCCGCAUCGUGGGAGGCAGGGAAGCUGGCGAGUUUCCCUGGAUGGCCAAGCUCACGUACAUCAAGAGGUUCUACUGCGGGGGCAUGCUCAUCAAUGACCGUUACGUGCUCACCGCUGCUCAUUGCGUUAAGGGCUUCAUGUGGUUCAUGAUCAAGGUGACGUUUGGUGAGCACGACCGCUGCAACGCCACGACGCGGCCCGAGACCCGGUUCGUGCUGCGCGCCAUCGUCAACAAGUUCAGUCUUACCAACUUCGACAACGACAUCGCCCUGCUGAGGCUGAAUGAGCGUGUGCCUCUGUCGGAGGCCAUCAAGCCUAUCUGCUUGCCUACUAACGAUAAGGAGCUCUACGUCGGAGUUAAGGCCGUCGCCACCGGCUGGGGUACCCUUACGGAGGAAGGCAAGGUGUCGUGUACCCUGCAGGAGGUGGAGUUACCCGUGAUAAGUACCCAGGACUGCCGCAAGACCAAGUACACGGCGUCUAUGAUCACCGACAACAUGCUGUGUGCCGGGUACCCGGCUACUGGCCAGAAGGAUUCUUGCCAGGGUGACAGCGGUGGACCACUUAUCACAGAGAAGACGACCGCGUCGCAAGAGAAACGCUACGAGUUAAUUGGUGUGGUGUCAUGGGGCAACGGCUGCGCGCGCCCGGGAUACCCGGGCGUGUACACGCGCGUCACCAACUAUCUUGGAUGGAUACGCGAAAACACGCAAGACGCGUGCUAUUGUUCCGAUUAGUACAUAAGCCCAAAACCUAACACGAGGGCCACG